AAAAAACAAAAGAAUCUGAGACGGAAGAGAGCAAAAAAAAAUAAAAAAUAAAAAUGAAAGGUUCACUUAGAAAAUAAAAAUAAAUAAAUAAAUAAAAUUAUAAAAUUAAUAUCUAAUAAAAAUGGCCCAAAAUAGAGAGUUCCUAUAAUGAAUAAAAUUCUGAUACUCAAAAUAACAGAAACCCCAUAUGUUUAGGAGGAAAAUCUGGUAUUCUUUUUGAAACGUUAUAGUGUUUAAAAAAGUCUUUGGCCAAAUAAGCAACAGAAAGCCAGUAUAAUCUGCCUCCACCUUUGCUGCUCAGUAACCCUUUUCUUCUUCUUCUUCUUCUUUCCAAAAUGCAUACAAAUUAAUAAGCUUUCCUUUUGGAGGCAAUCAACAAAAGUUUGUCUUAUCAGAUUCGUUUCUCAAUCGCAUGUUGCAGAAUAGCAGAAACACACAAGGUUAUGUUUCAGCUGCAUUUUCCAGAAUUUGGGAUUUCUGUCCAAGCUAGAGGCCUACUGCAGCUAGGUUUCUUGGUUCUGCAAUCCCUUUACAGGUGUUUAGUAAGACUAAGGAACUCAACAGGAAUUCUACUGUUUCAAAAAAUGCAAAUUCAGAGGACUUACAAGACUAUGACCAACAGGGAAAGCAGAGAUAUCUCAUCAUGGUUGUCUAAGUCUGCAUCUCCAUCAGAUGUGCAGCUUUAUGCAGGUGGUGUGCCUUUCACUUUGAAUAAAGAACUUCUGGCUGCCAAGUCAUCCAUGCUUGCUUCCUUACUCAAAGAGAAAUCCCAGGAAGGACUUCUCCAUUUUCUCAGAGAUAUCCCGGCGAAUCCUGAAACUUUUGAGCUUGUAGCAAGAUUCUGCCAUGGUUACGAGCUCCAAAUUUCCACAGAAAAUGUUGUCCCUCUCAGUUGUCUUGCUCACUACUUGGGGAUGACUGAAAGUCGCAGCAGAAACAAUCUACUAUUAAAAACUCUGACCCAUUUUAAGCAGAAAAUACUCCCUAGCUGGAAUGAAACAAUUAAGGCUUUCCAAUCUACAGAAAAUGUUCUUCCACAAGCCAUGGAGCUUGGCCUAGUUGAUGCUUGUAUAGAGUCCAUCAUUACAAAGGCAAUCAACAAUCCCCGCCUUCUUGGAGAUCCAAUAAAAAAAAUGUUUGUAGAUGAUCAUAGUGAGGACGAAGGUGAUGUACAUAGGCAAAAUGCAAGAAGGCUCUUUGUCCUUGAUUGGAAGCCUGAGGAUCUGACAACACUUUCUCUUCAGCUAUAUGAGCCUGUGAUCCACGAAAUGAGUCAGCGUGGAGUCCCAUCUGAGUAUAUAACUGCAUCCCUUUGUAAUUAUGCAAAGAAAUGGGUCUUUUCCAGCUUCACAGAAGGGGAAAAGAUGUCAAUCUGCAGGAGAAAAUCCCAAAAGGAAAUCCUCGAAGCAGUGGAGAGGCUUUUGCCUCAUGUUCAAGGACUUCUUCCUUGUACAUUAUUAUUUGAAAUGCUGAGAUUUGCAAUUGUCUUGGAAGCUAGUUCUGAUUGCAGAAAUGGUUUUGAGAUGAGGAUUGGAAAACAACUUGACGAAGCGAAAGCCAAAGACCUCCUCAUACCUUCACUAGGCUAUGCAAGGGAAGUGCAAUAUGACAUUGAUUGUGUGAAGAGAAUUGUAAAACAUUUCUAUGAAAGCUUCUCUGCUCCACGCAUCUCUGCUUCAAAUAUAGCAAAAUCUAUUGCAGUGGCAGAACUUAUUGAAGAGUUCUUGACAGAAGUUGCAAGUGACAUCGAUUUGAAGGUAGAGACAUUUAUUACAUUAGCAGAAAUGUCGGUUGCAGCAUCACUGGGGACACAUCGAAGCUCUGAUGGACUGUACAAGGCUAUUGAUAUCUACUUAAACAAGCAUAGGCACUUGACAGAGUCGGAGAGAGAGGAAGUGUGUCAGCUAUUAGAUUGCCAAAAGAUGUCCAUUGAAGCUUGUGAACAUGCUGGCAACAAUGAAAGAUUGCCACUAAGAGUGGUGGUUCAGGUACUGUUUGUCAGGCAAUUACAGCUUCGAGACACAAUCAUGAAGGAGGUUCAAGGCUUUUCUGAUGACAAAGCUCAAGAUGAUGAGGAGGAGGAGGAAGUAGAGCAUGGUUGUGGAGAGGAAAAAAUGAGGAUACAAAUGGAGAAAAUGAGCAAAAAGGUUAUGGAACUUGAAAGAAAGUGCUCUAUAAUGAAAAGAGAGAUUGAAGGUGGUUGUAGAAGCAAUGUUGGCAUGGGGAAAAAGAAAAUUAGUUUGUGGGGAGAGAUGAAGAGGAAGUUUGGAUGCAUUAGUACCAUGCACAACUACAACUGCCAAGUGAAAAAGAAGAGGGUUCACCCUAAAAGUUUGGUAUGACUCGUAGAUAAUUCUAAUUCCAUCCUAGUUGAUUUAUCAAAUUAUUAAUUUUAUUUUAUUUUCUAUCAUUAGUUUCAUAUUAAAUUAACUUUCACUCAAUCACUUAAUUUUCAAAUAAGAACUUUCUAACUUCCAAGAUGUUGCACUUUGUAGUGGGAUAUGCAAGCUGAUUCAAUACCAAGUAGAAAUAAAAGAGAAGUUAUUUCUAUGGCCACUUGUUGGUAAAAGUUUUGCACUUAGAAGAGUCUUUUUAUAUAAAAGCGUACAUAUCGACUUCAUUUUCUUGUUAUUUUUCAUUUAAGUUGAGAUUCAAAAACAAUUUUUCAUAGGUUUUGAAAUCUAACAUAUUCUAAGCCUGUCCAAUCAAUGGACCUGUUAAUAAAAAGAACAGGCAGAUUUAACUCAUAAAUGGACUCGAGAGAAAUUUUAUGGUAGAUAUAUGUUUUAACCAUAUGUAGAUAUGGUUUUCAAACUUCACUCUAGAGUAGUUCAAUAAUCAAAUGGAUUGGAAUUAAGCCAGAAAGAAACUACCCACUUUGAAGCAACUCAUUCAUACAUAAUGGAUGACCAAAAACCCCACCAGCAACAAAAAUCAUGCGCUAGAUAAUGGACCACCCAAAUCCCAACCGGCAAAAAUCAUGCACAAAAUGAUGAUCAUCUACCCCUCUUCUCCUCCUUCACCCUCUUCGUCUUCUUCAAUAUGCAUAAAUUGAUAAUGGACGACCAAAUUUGGCGCAAACAGACACCAGUAUGUAUGUGGUAUUGGGGCUCUUCUUGCUCUGUCUCAUAUCACAUUCCGAAUUUUGGUUCCCGUUGC